AUGAACGGAAUUCAGAUGUAUGGGGGCUUGAAGGCUAAGCCUGGCGAAAAGUUCGCUGGUUAUAUGUUUAUGUAUGGAGAGACUAUCUGCGGCGGUAGUGGCGCCGGUCCCACGUGGAAUGGUGUUUCGGCCAUUCGUACUCACAUGACUAACACCCGAGCCACUGACGUUGAAGUUUUGGAGAAACGAAUUCCCGUUCUGGUCAGAAAGUUUGGCAUCCGUCAUGGAUCUGGUUGGCUAGGUCUCCAUUCAGGCGGCCACGGCGCAACUCGCAUCAUAGAAGCAAGAGCCAACAUGACUUUCACUCUCAACACCGACCGCCGUGCUACAAAGCCGUAUGGCCUUGCGGGUGGUGAGCCAGGCAAGGCAGGUCUCAAUCUGGCCCUUUUGGAUCAUCCGAGCGGGAAGAAGAGGCUCGUCAAUGUGGGUGGGAAGGGGGUGCUCAACCUCCGGCUUGGCGAGCAACUGCAAGUGAACACGCCCGGGCGGCGGGGAUGGGGCGCACCGGACAGUCACGAGAGCUAA